UUUCAAACGCGAGUUUGACAAUACGAAAGAUGAUAGUGUACGUUAAUUUGGCAUACUGAUAUAGCGUGCACGAUGCUUCAUUAAUGACACAGGGGUCGGUUGCCUUCACAGGGAGCCAAAAUGGCAUCGCAGCCUACGAGCCAGCCCGACCCACAGGGCCCAGUGCUGCUGUCCUUUGGGUGCAGGGACACCCACCAUCUCCUGGAGGUGUACGUGAAGCGCAGCCUGAGUGACAGGUCUCCCCUGAGAAGAAGGCUGAGCACCAAGGCCUCGAGGUUCAAGACCCUAGCCAAGGCGCUCAAACCUGGCACCAGAAGGUCCUCCAGUGAUGUUUCUGCCUACUCUAGGAGGCUGGGGUUGGGCAACCAGGGGCUGGUUCCUGCCCCCCUCGAGCUCUCCUCCGGAGACGUCUUUAUGCGCACCUCCGACAGGCCAGACCAGAGCCCGGGGAAGAGCACUGGGAAGAAGGAUCGGUCCAUGCUGAAGAGAUUCCUUGGAAUCUUCUCCAGGAAAGACAGGGAAGAGGAGGAGGAGAGGGAGCCAAGCCCUGAGGGGAUGAGGGUCCAUGGGGCCACGGAGGGCCCCCGCCAGCCCGUUCCCUCCCGUCUUACUCCUGAGCGUCCGCAGACGGGAGCAGGACUCCCAGGGGAGCAGGACUCCCAGCCGGGCCACACAUCCAUGCGAAAGAAGCGCUCCCUCCUUAGACUGCCCCUCCACGGUCAUGCCCCGGAAAGCACCCAGACCCAAAGGCCACCGUCUUUUCGAAUUCUGGCUGGGACGGGACAAACAGAAGCUGUUGUUUGUGUGGAACCCAGCGGUGCGUACUACGAGAAGGUCUCCAAGGAGCUGGAACGCAUUGUGAAAGAGGUGAAAGAUAGCCCGGUCAAUGAGGGCCAGCUGACAUUUGCUGCAUCCGUUCAGAACAGAGCCAGCAUGGUGGCUCCUGAAGAUGAGGAAACCAUCGAGAAGAUCAUCAGCUUGUUAAAGCAACAGGGGGAUGACAUAAAUGUGGAGAUAGAGAAUUGCAGCAGCGUGAGCUCCUUCUUCCAGAGCCUGUCCUACAGGGAUUUCCAGCAGCUGGCCGACCGCUACAUGGAGGAGGAGGUGCCCAGCAACCUCCCCGAGGUCGCUGCAGGCCCUGAGCUGGUCAAGUUCGCCUUCACCCUGGACUUCACCGCCAAAGUGGCCGGCCUUGCCAACCAGGCCGUCAGCCGCAUCAUGGGCUUCGGGAACCAGUACCUCCAAGACCGCUUCACCCAGAUGAGCAAGGUCCAAGUUCCGGUAUCUCAAGGUGAGGCACUUCAAAGUUUCAUGGAUCCAGACUAAUUGCGUCGACCUUUGGGAAAAGAGGAACCAGAUCAAAGUGAUACACCUUUCCUGGAACCUGCUUGACAUUCUCGUGAAAUGCCCGUCACAAGCUAGGAUGUUUGUCCAUUGCCAUUUCCUCCUUUCUCAGGAAAUCCCACACUGGAGGAAUCAGUUGAAAUCCACAUCUGAAGCUCUACCCGCGGCCUGCGGGCUACGCAUAGCCCAAUUUGCACAUGCGGGCAGGCCAAUUCUGAGACUAAUGGACCUCUUUAUUUUCCAGUCAGUGGAAAGAAGAUAAGUAGAAGUUGUCUGGUGCAAUAUCUUAUUUUUUUCAUUGAUGCACUGAUAAAAGAUCUGCAACUUGGAAUGCACGAUUGUGCAAAUUAGGCUGAGAAGCACAGGUUGAGCUCUUGAUUUUAAAAAAAGGUAUAGGCCUAUCAUCUACUGACAGAAAGAGGCUCUACACUUGGCAACCAAUUCAUUACAGACAUGCUAAAGCAAGGCCGCAGUGAUCUGCAGUGUUGCCUUCUGUUGCCAACACAUUUUAUAGACGCGGUUUUUGUUCUCUUUUCUGCGGCACAGGGUACAUGAAAGCACGAACUGUUUUUAUUCCUGGGUGAGAGUUGUUUUCCUUGCCUAAUGUUAUGUGGACUCCCUACACCAGGGGUGUCAAACUGAACUCCCAGGGGGCGGCAGUGUCCAGAGGUUUUUGUGGUUGCCUUUCAAUCAGCUGUCAAUUAAGGCCUUGGGAACAAGGUGUGUGGAUUGCUUAGCCAAUUAAAGACUUAAAUGAACCGCAGGUGGCGGGAACAACCCGAAAACCAGCAGACACUGGGCCCUCCAGGACCGGAGUUUGACACCUGUGCCCUACACUGAUGUAUUUGAUGCAAAAUGGCAGCUCAAUAGCUUCUAAUAUCAGGGUUCUAACAAUGCUGUUCUAACACAUGCCAUUAAUGUAAUGUAAAUGCUGUGGCAUACUGAUCUGCCUUUCAGUAUCACAGCAGUAGUUUAUUCAUAUAAGAAGCAGAACCAGAAUGAAUGACUGCAUUGUGUGAAUUAUGCAUUGCUGACAGGCAUUUAAUUGAGGCAUCGGGAGGUUGGGUGCAUGACCGUAUGCUUGCGAGUCACAGGACCCAGCAUGUGAAUCCCUGGUAUUAAUGUGAUUGGCCACACUGGAGGACCAUGCCUCUCCUCAACUGUGACCGGAAAUGUCAACUUGAAUAUUUGUCAAAAAUAUUUUUAUGUUUGUUUGUAUGUUGUGCGUUUAAUUUUUUGUAAGCACACAUUUUAUCUUAAUGUGUAUGCAGGCAUACACAAGCUCAGCUGGUCUAUUGUCUUUGAAAAACAAAUCAAAUUAAUAAUUGUUUUUGGAUUUGAAUUCAUAUAAGGGAUUUUUUUUUUUUUACACAAGUAUCUAUGUAUGUAACAGUUUGCCAGGCCUAGUAUUUCUUGGCACCCUCCGUGUAUCCAGGCUUUAUACAGGGCUGUAUACUCUCUAUACUACAGUAUAUGAUAAAUAAUAAAUAGUAAUAAGAAUAAUAAAUAGUAAUAAUAAUAAUAAUAAUAAUAAUAAUAAUAAUAAUAACAAUAAUAGUAAUAAUAGCAAAUCCUGAGCCUAGAUUGGCUGAAUGGCCUGUUCACAUCUCACGUUCUGUUUUCCUGUUCUUAUGUUCUUCGAUAGAAACACUAUAACUCAAACAUUCUGUCUAAGCCAUUCUUGCAGGUUUCGAAGCAUGCACCUUGAUGGUAGAAUUGAAUAUGAUUGUAACUGUAGCUCUCUUUUGCACUACCACGUGUAGCCAUGUUGCUCGCCAAUGCAAUUUUGUAACUUGCUUUGGCUAAAAGAAUCUGUUGAAUUACAAAAAGUUCCAUUUUUAAUUGUAA